CAGCUUCUACCUUCUCAUCACAAGCAGAAUCACCGAAACAGGUUCUCCUUCCCUCGUCGCCAGUUGCUCAAGUUCGUGUCGUCUGCCAUGGCUGCCCUGCGGACAUCUGGGAGCCCUUUCCUUCUGGAGACUCUGGCCGCCAGCUGCCUCCUUCUCCUCGCCCUGUGGGCACAGGGAGGAGUGGCUGUGCCCAUCACUCAUCACUGCAAGCUUGACCAGUCCAACUUCCAGCAGCCCUACAUCACCAACCGCACCUUCACGCUUGCUCAGGAGGCUAGUUUGGCAGAUAACAACACAGACGUUCGUCUCAUUGGGAAUAAUCUGUUCCAGGGAGUCAAUCAGAUGAGAGAGCGCUGCUACCUGGUGAAGCAGGUCCUGAACUUCACCCUUGAAGAAGUGCUGUUCCCCAACUCUGAUAGAUUCCACCCCUACAUGCAGGAGGUGGCGUCCUUCCUGGACAGCCUCAGCAAAAAGCUAAGCCAAUGCCGUAUUAAGGGUGAUGACCAGCAUAUCCAGAGAAAUGUGAACAACUUUAAAGACACAGUGAAAAAGCUUGGAGAGAGUGGAGAGAUCAAAGUAAUUGGAGAACUGUAUUUGCUGUUUAUGGCCCUGAAGAAUGAAUGCACUCUUCCAGGGCACAGCUGGAAAAUGGAUAACUAACCUUUCCUGCCUGUUAGAAAUAACAAUAAGAUCCCCUGAGGUUUUCUUUUACCAAAAGGAAAAUGGGAAGCCAAACUUCACAGUCAAGGUUGGAUUCUAAACAAAGCCCUGCUUAGCUUAAAAAAGAAUGGUAUUACUUGUGUCCAGAAGACCAGAAGGCAGACCUUCCAAGCAUAACUAGGUCUAUUAAUAACAUUUUGUUGGUGGUGUUAUUUUAUACACAGAAAUUUAUCUUUUAAGCAAUAGUCUAUUCUCCCACAAAAAUGAUUAUUUCCCAUCUCCUUAGGGGAAAAAAACCCUAAAUAACUUCAUGUCCAUAAUCAAUAUAUUUAUUAAUUAAUUUAUUGUUAUAAGUACAUAUUUUAUUUAUGUCAUUUUACUAAUACAGAUGUAUUUAUGGAAAAUUAUAUGACAUUGUGACUUAAAUAUAUGGAUAAUAUUAAUCUUUAUGACAAUAAUUU